ACAUCCAGUCACCAAUAGCCAGUAGGCCAGUAUACGAGUCUGUCUAGACAUGCCAUCUGCGAGGAUCAUCUUCGCGCUACACUUCUGAACGUAUCGACUCUUCUGCUUUGUCUGUUACUAUCGCUACAUUCCCUUCCUAUAAACCCUACAGAUACGACUUCGACUACCUGUGCCGCGCCGCACCCUCACGCUCUCUUACACAAUAACCACGACGUCCUCUUCCAGCCAGACGGGAGUCGAUCACUCUUCUUACGGGGCCGACAAUACUUUUUUUGCGCUGCACAACACCGAGUCUUUGCAGGAGAUAUCCACAACCACACCCAAUCAGGGAACAGUUUGCGUAACAAGUCAUCUGCUUGACAUGAGCUCCGCCGACUAUGCUUCAGCCAAGGGGGGCCGUGGAGAAAACCGGGCGCACCGUUCCAAAUCCACCAAACAGGGAGAGACGAAGGAAGAAUCAAAGAUGAUUGGGCAAUGGAGAAUCGGAAGAACGAUAGGAAAAGGCAGCUCAGGCCGGGUCAAAAUUGCAAAGCAUGCCAUCACUGGCAAGUAUGCGGCUAUCAAGAUUGUACCAAAAGGUCUCAUCCUCAACUCUAGGAUGUCGGUCUCCGAAGCUGGUGCUCGUGCGGAUAAAAUACUACUCGGCAUUGAGCGGGAGAUCGUUAUAAUGAAAUUGAUCGAUCACCCUAACGUUCUGAACCUAUACGACGUGUGGGAGACAACCGGGGAGCUGUUCCUCAUCAUGGAAUACGUUCCGGGAGGCGAGCUAUUCGAUUACCUCGUCAAGCGAGGGAGAUUACCCGAAGGCGAAGCCCUUCAUUAUUUCCAGCAGAUCGUUCACGCGGUUGAUUACUGUCAUCGGUUCAACAUCUGCCAUCGCGAUCUGAAACCGGAAAAUCUGCUUCUCGACAAGGACAAGAAUAUCAAGGUGGCAGACUUUGGCAUGGCAGCGUGGCAGGCUGGAGAACGGAUGCUUGAAACUUCGUGUGGCAGUCCGCAUUACGCCAGUCCGGAGAUUGUAGCAGGGAAAGCAUAUCAUGGUUCGGCGUCCGAUAUCUGGUCAUGCGGCAUCAUCUUGUUCGCCCUCAUCACCGGACGACUACCAUUCGACGACGACAACAUUCGCGUAUUAUUGCUCAAGGUGAAGACUGGAAUCUUUGAGAUGCCAAAGGAAGUGCAAGGUCCUGUGCGGGAUCUCCUCUAUAGAAUGUUGGAAAAGGAUCCUCAGCGUCGUAUCACCAUGCCGGAAAUCUUGGUCCACCCGUUCUUCAUUUCUGCACCGUCCAAUAACAUCCCCGGUCGGCCUCUCGUACCUCCACCCACACUGGACGAAGUGGAAAGGCCUGUCGAUUCAGCUGCGGAAAUCGAUCCUGACAUUAUGGGAAAUCUGAAAACACUUUGGCAUGGCGCCGCCGACGAAGAAAUCAUUGCUGCUCUUUUGUGCAAAGAAAAAACUUGGGAAAAGGCAAUCUAUCAUCUCUUGAUCAAGUACAGAAACAAGCAUCUUGAGAAUUACAAUGCAGAGGAGGAGCGUCCCAAGGCUCCAAAUGCGCGACCGAGUACAAAAGCGCUUGUUUCUGCCGUCAGGGAUCCAUUGAAAGAAAAUGCACACUCGAAGUCUAUGAUCAACAAGAGCGCUGUUACCGAGGAGCAGUCCCGGCCCCAAGCGCCCACGCCCACGAAAGCUCAAGGGACUCAGAGGGAGGAAUAUAUGGGUCCUACAGUUCAAGAACGUCUGGCCAAAUUAAACUUGCGCCCGACUCCUCAAGGACCUCGGCCGCCAAUGUCACCGCGCAACUCCGAUCGAACAUCUGCCUCACAAAGUUUACGACCUACAUCUAUCGUGAUGGAGCCCGAUCACACCUUCCGAACAUCUGUCGUCGAUAUGCCGGGGUCCAGACGCGAGAGCAUUCAGGCGCCCACGGUGGACGAUACCGAAGUACAGCGCUUCUUUCAGGAAGUUGCUGAACAGCUCAACAGUCUGGGUGUGGAUUCGUCAAGGGCAUCGGGUUCAACGCCACAGGGUUCACCAACGCUAGAAUCGGCAGCUCAAUCCGGAGACUCGAGCCGCUUCGCUGAUGCCGAAGAAGACGAGAGUGACAUGUUCAUGCCAUACACACCCGUCACAGAAAACGACGCGUUCUCGGUUCACUCCUUCGUCAUGGGCGCCUCGACCCAACCGUCAACCAGCGCGGAAAGGAACCCACCGGACAUGGUUCGGCGUGCGAGCGUCAGGUCUAAUGGAGGAGCUUCUCGGCCUCGUUCUGGCUUUUGGCCCGAGGCGCCAACGCCGGUACAACCUGAAACACACAAUGUACCAUUGCAAUCCACCCCGAUUCCUCAGAGUUCAAUGCCGAGAGAUGCAUCCUACGUCUAUGUGGAGCUCGGCGAUCACCUUGAGACUUAUGACUGGUCAGACAGCCGCAGCGGGCGCGGCGCUUCCUCGAUCAACUCUCGCUGGAGCGAAGCAACAAAAUCAGGUCGAAAAGCUUUAUCCGUGCGCCCUGUGCCCUUUGGCCCUCGUCAACACCACAAUGAUGUCUCGGAUAGCCCCAAACGAUCAUGGUUCCAGAACCUGUUCAAUUUCAAGCCUAGUCCUUAUACGCUGUGGUCAUACGAAAGCGUCUCGAUCACUGCUCGAGUACUGCAACAGCAACUUUCGCUCCUAAACGUAAGGGUAGCAAACGAAACACUGGUAGACCAGAUCGUAUUGCGAUGCAAAUUUUCUCCAGCCGACAGAGGCGCUUCUGAUCGAUCCGGGAACCGGUCAAUCUACUUCAAAAUUGAAGUGAUGAAUGCAAUGUCAUCGUCGUCCUUCAAGACUGGAGCCAGUCUCAAUUUGGUGAAAGGGGCCCAUUCGGUUUUCAAAGAGCUGUGCGAUUCCGUCCGUCGCAACUAUCGCCUGGAUAAACGAGAGAGUAUCAGAUGAGCCCCUCACAGUUGCGGGUAUUGCUGUAUGAGAUUUUGCCAAUCAGGUGCUGUAUUUAGUGGUAGCAACAUGUUGUAUCCGUGCAGUUUCCGUACAAGGAGGGAUCUUUUGUGUAUAAUACCGACAUAUCAUUGGUCAAAGCAACGAGAA